GCCCGACACGAGACGUAGACAUUGGGGACACUGAAGGAGCGCCAGACGCAGCAGCAAGUCUCCAGGGAAGCUUUUGUUUUCACCAGAUGAUGACGGGGGUUAAUUUAUUUAUAAUAAUUACCAGUAUCCUAGCAGUAGUCCACUCAGAAUACAAUAUAACCACUUAUGACUUGAACCCUGGAAUACACUUUGAGCACCUGGGCGAACUAAGGUUUUUUAAUAACAAAUGGAAACUAGUAACUUUUGUAGAAUUAGAAAAUAUUAGUAAUAAGUUAUUAUCAUUAAAGAAUUACCGUAAGUAUACUACAGAUUUAUGCAAUAAUGAGAAUGCUCAAUAUCACUAUUAUAUUUGUCAGUUAUUUUUGAAAAGUUCUAAAUACACUUUCGAAAAAAUUGAAAAAGAACUAGAAGUCUUACACGAAUUGAUCGGUCAUAGUCAUUUAUCAGAAAGUAGACAAAAACGAGGUUGGUUCAAUAUUGUAGGAAAAGCAACUAAAGUUUUAUUCGGCGUUUUAGAUGAAGAAGAUGCUAAAUACUAUAAUGAUAAAAUUUCACAAAUGAAUAAAGACGAAACUUCAGUCCUUCAACUUUUAAAAGAACAAACAAAAAUUGUUCAAUCAACAAUAAUUAAUUUCAAUAAUACUAUUGGAACUUUAGAUUUUAACGAAAAUUUAUUAAAAAAUAAUAUAAAAAAGAUUAGCGAUGAAUUAAGCAAAGUCAAAGAAAAUUUUCAUUUUCUAUAUAUAAAAACCGGCAUAGAAGAACACGUCACUAUUUUAAAUAUGAUGCUAAAUCAAUUACAAUUAGAAAUCAUGACGAUUACGAAUGCUAUUUUAGUAGCAAGAAAGGGAGUUUUACACCCCUCAAUAUUAACGCCAUUAAGGUUAAUUAACGAAUUAAAAGAUGUGUCCGAAUCUCUACCUCAUGGAUUAGAAUUUCCUGUACCAUUAGAUCCGCUCAAUGCAAAUCUCAUUCUAAAUGUUAUCGAGUUGCAAGUUUAUUUCGAAAACAAACGAUUAAUAUAUAUUAUAAACAUCCCUUUAAUUGAAACAAAUUUAUUCUAUAUUUAUAAAAUAUCACCCUUUCCAAAAUUAAUGUCAAAUAACCAGUUUAUAUUAAUUCAACCCUCAUCUAAAUAUAUAGCAAUUGACGAAAGCAAACAGCAGUUUAUUACACUGUCGGAAAUAGAAUUUAAUACUUGUUUAAAAAUUAUAGAAAAUAAAUUUAUUUGCAAGCAACAAAAACCAGUUUCUCUUGCUCAUUUGGCAGAUAAUUGCGAAGUUAAAUUAUUGCAAUUCACAAAUAUCAUACCUGAUAUCUGUGACAAACGUAUAAUUCAGUCAGAUAGAGCAAUUUUUAUUCAACUACAAACCAGUAACACUUGGUUAUUGCAGUUCCUCAUCCAGAAACUCUUACGAUAUCAUGUAAUAAUAAAAAAAAUCACGUAGAUGUAAUACUAAAAAAUUGCGGUAGUGUCACUAUAGGUAAACAAUGUAAAGCUUAUAGCGCAUCAUCAAUGCUAAUCCCUCAUGGAAAUACAGUCCAGUCCAAUAUUUCAAGUGAUUUUAUUCCACCAUUCGACAUUAGUGAUAAUUGUUGCGAAAGGAUAAAGGAAGAAAAAAUAAACAUUAGUGAAAUAUUUCUCAACGAACAUUAUAGGAAAUUAACAAAGCACAUCCCCGAACUUAAUGUAGCGAGCCAUAAGCUAGAAGAUAUUGAAAAGUUAGGUGAUGAAAUUCUAAAAAGGAAACUUGUAAACAAUUAUACAUUUCCAGCAUCUGUAAUUGCCUAUAUCUUAGCUCUUCUUGCUAUUAUUUUUAUUAUUUAUAAAUUGUAUACAAAAUGUACUAACAAGACAGCCUGUUGCGGAAUUAUUCCAAACUUAUGCAUUAGAGUUAAUCAGUCUGUGGAACCAUCUUCUAGAAAUAGUGAUAGAUAUGUUGCUCAUUAUAAUCGUAAUAUUAGCCAAAACUCUGAAAAUGUAGGUAACUAUGAAAACUCCGAAGAAGA